UCGGAAAAAUAUCACCAUUUCUCGACUUGGUUGAAGCUUGAUGUCACUUCUCCGGAUGAAUUAAAACAUCGGGUAAAUUUUCUCUCUAGAAAAUGAGGCGGCUGUCGAAAACUUGGAAACAGAGAAGAACGUCAGAACGAAAUCAACACCCUCUGAAACAAAGGGAACCUAACGGAAAUGAAAUCAACAACGUUAAAGACAAUAACGACAACUGUAAUAAGGUUGAUAGGUAUGUGGCUUCAGCCCUAUCACCAUGUACUUCCUUGAACAUGUCAUUUGGAUUUGAAUUUGAUGCUGCAGAUUUAUCACAAUUUGAUAAAAUUGUUGAGCAACAUAUCCAAUGUAGCCCUGUUCCUCCGUCUCCCUUCACAAUCCCUUCUAAAGAUACUGUGCAAGGAAAGGUUACACCACAAGGGACUAUGCACUUCUCCACUCCUCAGCUGGGAAGUGGCAAAAGAAAUGAAUCUGAUGGGAAAUGGUUUGGACCUACCAGGGAGAGAAUCUCUACACCAAUCGAAGACUUGGAGCAUAUGCCACGAUUUUCUUUUGCUCAUUCACCUGUGUUUUCACCUGUCAGAGGUUCUUUUGAUGAUUUUGUAAACUGCAAAGCAUCUCAAGGAAGAAAAAUAAGGUUUGAUUAUGUUUACAGUACAGAGUACUUUAUACAACCAUUUUUUCACUACAAAUAA